CUCACUACACAGAUCAAGGCAGAGACUCGGGCUUCGCUCAUUAAAUUUCUUCAACUAUUGGUGGCCCAUCAUCCUUCUAAGAGGUGCCGGAAGGGAAGUGGUGAUAUACUUGUUAACUUCGAUGAUGUAUAUCCAUCUGAGAUAUUGUCAACCAAUAAUGCACAAUCUAUUGGUGAUGGUAAAGAGAAAGGACUUCAGAAUAUGCAGAUCUGCGGAAAAGAGGUUCCUCGCGGAUAUUGGAUGUUUUGUCGUGGCAGCAGCAAUCAAACUCGGGGUUUUAGCUGUGGAUUGUGGGUUCUUUUCCAUUCACUAUCCGUCAGGGUUGAGGAUGGGGAAAGCCAGAUGGCAUUUACUGCUAUAUGCGACUUCAUUCACAAUUUCUUUGUCUGCGAGGAAUGCCGGCAACAUUUUUAUGGGAUGUGCUUAAGUGUUUCUAAUCCUUUUAAGAGGACAAUGGACUUUGUCCUUUGGUUGUGGAAUGCUCACAACAAAGUCAACAAAAGGUUAAUGAAGGAAGAAGCUUCUCUUGAGACUGGUGAUCCUAAAUUCCCUAAAACCAUAUGGCCACCAAAACAGCUCUGUUCUUCUUGCUAUCUCUCCAAAAGUUCAAAGAAUGGACAGAUAGAGUGGGAUAAUGAUGAAGUCUUCAAAUUCUUAGUUAGCUAUUAUGGGGGAACACUAGUCACUCUCUACAAGGACAAAGAACUUCUUGGCGAUAGUGAGGGUAACAAAGCACCCAUCGAAGAUUUGGCAGCCACAACAAAUGCAAUUGUUGUGCCCAUUGGAGCCGCGUUAGCGAUUGCUGUUGCAAGCUGUGGAUUUGGCGCUCUGGCAUGGUGCUGGCGUUCACGACAGAAAAAUCGAAAGUAUAAAUACCAACUACACUCUUUAAAAAACAUCUAGCGAGAUUGGCCUAGUCACUUUAUAUUUAACCUAGAUAGCCACAGUGAAUUUUUAAUAUGAGAAAUGAAAUGUGACGUUGAGAGUGGGGGUUUGGAAUAGUUGGAGGUUGAUAUUCUUAUUUAUUUUUCCAAAAACAUUUCAGGCAAAGAAGAAGCUGGAACUAAGCUCGUAAACAGGGUAGCUCUACGGAUGGCUGUCAGUAAUUGUGAGGAAACCAUCAGAAUAGAACAAGUCCAUAACCUUGAAUCAAGUAGCUCGCUUAGUGUUUACUUUGAGAUUUGAGUGUACAGUUUUGACUCUACACUGUAAUUUAGAAAGAAUUAUUUUCUUCUUUUCCCCUUGUGCUAUGUUUGUACACCCACAUGACUUGGGAGAAAUCUUGCCUGCAUAAACUGUGAAGUGUAUUUCCUGCUGUGUACUUGUUCUGAAUUCAGGCUAGCAGCUAUUGUGUCCGCGUCAAUUUAUGUUUACACAAUCUGCUAUAAUCUUAA